AUGAAGGUCAUAAGACUUGUUAGCCUUUUCGUUAUCAAUCACCCGGGAAUCCCAUAUUUUGUGUAGGGUUACCUUUGGUUUAGCAACCCGUGGCUGUUCACGAAACUUUUCAAAACGCUAGUGCAUAAGUGGAGAGCGGGGGGCAUGAAAGUGAUACUGUACCUGGACGACGGUCUCAUCCUAGGCGAAACGGAACGAGAAGUGGAAGAGGCGGUUGAAGUGGUGAGGAGGGACCUGGAAGAGGCAGGAGUGUGUGUAGCCGAAGAGAAAUCGGUUUGGACGCCAUCGCCAGUGUUCACAUGGCUGGGAUACAGAGGCGAUCUGUUGGCGAGAGAAGUCCGUGGGACUGAGAGAAGGAUGACCGCGUGGCGGCGUGCUCUGGAGGAGCUGAGGAGGAGCCCGGCUCCGUCGGUCCUGGACCGAAUGAAGUUUCUUGGAUGCCUGGCAUCAUUUGAUGUUGUUGCAGGAGAUGAAGGUGUAGCCAUGGCUCGGCAUCUGAUGCAGAAGGUCGGUGAGGCCCAGAAGACGAGAGUGUCGACGACGACGAGGAAAAGGAAGUCGGAAGGUGAGGAGAGAGAACUGCGAUUCUGGGAAGGAAGAGGUGAAGAAGUGCUGAGAAGACAAAUAGAAGAGAGAGAGGUGGAAAUCGAUUGGUUUCUGUACACCGACGCUUCCGCUAAAGGAAUCGGCGCGGUGCUGAGGGAUACGAAAGGAGAGACGGUAUGGAAGAUGACAGAGAGAGGAGACGCGGAAUUCGAGAGGGAAUCGAGCGCGAUGAGGGAACCGCGAGAUGUAGAGUGGGCCACGGCCAAGUUGAGAAGAGAGUUAGAAGGGAACAUCCAGGUGUUGGUGGACAGUCAGGCAGCGGUCAGCAUUCUGAGACGAGGUUCCAUGAAACCGGAGCUGCACGCAAUUGCGGAGAAAGUGUGGGAGAACCUGCAGAGAGUGGGGGGAAGCGAGUUUUUGUGGAUUCCGAGGGAACAGAAUUGCGAGGCCGACGAGGCAAGUAGUAAUUUUGAUUUCGAUGAUUGGGGAGUGAACGAGAGGGUGUUUAGCCUUGCACAGAGACUGUGGGGGAAGCUAGAAGUAGAAUGGUUCGCGGACGCGAAGAACAGGAAGACGAGGUUGUUUUUUUUCCAGAUAUCCAGAACCGGAAACCAGCGGAGUCGACGUCUUCGAUCACAUCGGAAGAGCCAAAGGAAUGGGAUUUUCUUGGUGGGUACCCCCUCCGGUACUCAUCCCGAAAUUGAUGGGAGUUGCCCGAAAAGAGCGCUUGCGAGGGGUUUUGGUGGCGCCAGUCUGGAAAAGUCAUCCGUCUUUCCAGGCACUGGUAGAUGGUAGAGGAAAUCUCAUCAGGGCAAUUAAAGAUUACCUGAUUUACGAGAAAAACGACGAGAUUUUCGUGCCGGGGGAAGGUUCCAGAUAUUGUGAAGCGACCAACUCAAAAUUUUGUAGAUCGAAAUUCAUUCUGGCUUUAGUCGACUUCAAUUAAAAAAGGCCCCGGGCUUUGCAAGUUGUUUCUACCUAACUUAUUCCCAAAAAACCUACUUGUUCAAUAAAGGCUGUAAGAUGAAACUUUUCCUUUUUCGGAGUGAGGAAUCAGAAAAACAUAUUCUCUAGUAGCGCAGCGAAAAGAGAAUAAUAUGUUUUUCGUUGACAAACGGAGAAAAAGGCGCACGCGGCGAGCGAAGUUAAAGGCGCAGCGACUUAGGAGGAGGCGAGGGUCUCGAAGCGAAUUGCACCAAGCGGUCGCGGUAG